CGCCUCUGCCUUUCUCGUGAGCCAGCACGCGCGGCCACGCACAGCCCACAGCCUCGUCGUCUCCCCACGGAGGCGCCGCACGCCUCGCCUCCAGUCCGAGGCGUGCACGCUCCUCCUUGCAGAGCCCCCGUCUCUGGCGCGCGUGCUUUCUUCAACCCACCCCCCUCACCCUCGGUCGCCUCCCCUCCGCUCCAUCCGGCUUGUCGCCGCUGCUUUCCCUCCCGCGGCGCUCGAUCUGGUAAUUUGCGGUGAAAAAUAAGCAGAAGAGCUGGCGACUUGACACUAGCGUGGUGCGCUGGCAGCAUGCGGUGGCUCGGUCUUUCGGUCGACGUGUUCCGCAGGGGGAUCUCCUUGAACCUCUACUGCCGCGUGAUUCUGUAAAUCACCUCCGUGGCUAUCGGAGACCUUCCUUCGCGCGCUUCCCGAUUCAUAGGCUUGCGAAUGCAGUUCACAACUUCCCCAUCCUGUCUCUGGCGUUGCUGUUAAGGUGCUGUGGUUGCUUGGCCAAAGCUUCUGAGGAGAACGGAGUGGAGUACUAAUGGUGUGGAAAGCAGCUGCUCAGACGAGAUUCCGCGUGUUUAAGCAUGAGAACGGAAUCGCUGUGAGAGUUUUUGCUUGCUUCCAGCCGCUGCAGAAUUGCCAGGCCGAGUACUUCCGCCAUCUCCUCAAGCCCGUGACGUAGCUUCGCUCUGCUCUCCAUUUGCUGCUGAAGAAACUUUCUGCUUUAGGUUUUUCUCCAUCACAAUUCAAGUGGGAGAAUUUCCCGUUCAUCUGAACUUUCUGCUGGUAUUGUUUGGUGGUUGUUUCUUCAUGGGGGACAAGGAUAAUCCUUGGUGCCAUUGGCCUAAUUCUCCAUGGAAAUUCAACACUGAAAGCUCUGCAGGCAAUAUCUGCCCACCUGAUGUUGGGCUUGUUGACGCUAAUUUGGUGGCAUUGCCUACAUGUCUGAACACAGUUGCUGCACCUGUGCCAUUUUUCACAGCAUCCAUUGCUGAAAGACCUCUUCCAAUGGCUCCGAGAUUUGUCACGACAUUGGUGCCCAGUUUGGAAUUGUCUGCACUGUAUCCCUCACAUAAGAGACCUCUGGUUUUCUACCAGGAGAGUCAUACUCCUAUUGCAGCUCCUUUGGUGAGGAAGGGGACGCUGGAUCCUGUGCCAGAGCUCCAAGGUAGCAAUGAGACUAAUCUAACUGAUGUUGGAGCAGAAGAAACCGAGGGUAUUCAUGAGAACACAGAUGAGAUCAAUGCACUCCUGGAUUCUGACUCGGAUGAAGGGUGUGAAAAGGUGCAAGAACUCAACAGAGUUAGGAGGCCAUCUCCUGCUGAGAAUGACACCUUGAGUGUGGAAUCAGUGGCCAGUGCUGGUGCUAGUGCAGCAGGUUCUGCGCAACCGGCAAAGAAGAGAAGGCUCAGCUCUGGCACUGACAAGUCUGUUGUGGACACGGCCAGUUCAGCAAGGCUCGAUCAUUCCAUCGAACAGAAGCUUCUUGCCAAUGGCUGUGAUGCACAGUCCUGUUGCAUUGGUGAAGUGGAGAGCGACCACAAGUUUGCUCUGGGGGAAGGUGAAGCUGCAGAAGGCGACAACCCCGACGAUCAGAAGCGGAGAAGAGAGAGAAUCCAAGAGACUGUUGCUGCGCUCAGGAAGAUCGUCCCUGGGGGCAUCGCCAAAGACGCCACAGCCGUUCUUGACGAAGCAAUCUGCUACCUGCAGUACCUGAAAUUGAAGGUCAAGACGCUGGGAGCUGCCUCGCUCUAGCUCCUGCUGGACACUUGUAAUUGGUUAUUGAAGCCACUAGCUUCUACAUGCAUAAAGUGCUAGUAUUAGUAAUAAGGUGAAGAUGCCAAAGGAGCUCAAUUCGGUGCUUGAUGAGGCCGCACUGGAUCAAAAUGAAAGAAGAAAUGGAUCCAGUGGUGCUUGCGUAGCUUCCCCUGUACCCAGAAGAAAGCUUUAAAGAUGAAGUGGACAACGAACAUGCAGCAUGGCAAUGCUACUUCAACUGAACCGUGGCAUGCAAUGCUUUCCUUCAUUGUGGUGGAGUGCUAGUCCUGGAGGCCACAAGACCCACCUAGCUCGCCAUGCCACUCUCCGGUGAUGAGCUAGCCCAGCAGACUACCACCAUCUUUCUGCCACAGCAUCGACCUUCUUCUCCGUCCCAGGGAGUCCCUGUCGGUGGCUCAGUGCCUCCUGCCUCACCUUCCUCAAAAGGGCAUCAUGGCGUUGAUAGAGCAACAAUAUGUUUAUGCAAAGCUACAAGGAUCUUCCGCCGAGCGUGAUCCAAAGCAGCAAAGGGUGGGAGGGAAAGGAGCCCAUCCCAUGCAAAGGGCGCUGUUGUGCUGUUUGCGCCCAUGGCUUUUUGACCUAACUACCAAAGCCAAAGGCCAAAGCGGAGGAGAUGGCUCGAGGUUAGGUUUGCCGGCUGUAUGGUGAGUUCCUGGGGUCCAACUCCAACCGGUCCAACACUCCAGCAAAGUGUUCCCCUGUGUGCCUGAUGUGGAGCUCAGCCUCAAACGCCGUCAUCCAACCCCCCUGCUUUGUUGUUCCUCUCUCUUCUCCCGCUACAUACGCCACUACCAUAUUUGUAAGCAAGUGUGCUCGCUUUGCCGCGGUUUUGUGCGCGUUGCAAUGAUGAGCAACGCUUUGCUUCCUUUGGUGUACUACGUAUUUACUGUUGUAUUCGACUGGAAACGGCGCACUGUUCUACGUGCACGUCCCAGCCGCAGCAGCCAGAUGGUAGAGUAUCCUCAAGGAUUCCCCUGUUGGAGCCUUGUUCAUCAA